UGAAAAUUUCACAUAUACUCGGGCUUUUUCUACUGAUGUCCAAUACACAAUACAUACUCUAAACAGUAUUCAGCAGAUCCCUCUGCAACAUAACGGCAGUCCUUCUUUAAUACAAACAAGAUGGAGGAAACAUACAAAGAUAGGACUUCAUUAGUGAAAGGGGCAAAAGAUAUUGCCAAAGAGGUGAAGAGACAAGCAGUGAAAAAAGUGAAUAAAGCUGUUGACAAAGCUCAGGAUGGCUACACACAGAGGUCCUAUAACCGAUUCCAGGAUGAGGAAGAUGAUGAUGAUGAUUACUAUGUCCAAGGAGGAAAUUAUGGUGUAGAAGUUAAUGAUGAUGAAGGAUCAAGUGAAGCAACUGAAGGGCAUGAUGAAGAUGAUGAAAUUUAUGAAGGGGAGUAUCAGGGAAUCCCCAACAUGGGGCAGGGCAAGGAUGGUAUGUCGGCCUUAGGUCAGCCUAUGCAUGAUGAAUAUAAGGAUCGUCAUGAACUGGAAACAGAGAGGAAAGCUGAUGAAGAAGAGCUAGCACAGCAGUAUGAACUGAUAAUACAAGAAUGUGGACAUGGUCGUUUCCAGUGGGCCCUCUUCUUUGUGUUGGGAAUGGCGCUAAUGGCUGAUGGGGUUGAAGUUUUUGUAGUUGGAUUUGUGUUACCCAGUGCUGAAACAGAUAUGUGUAUACCGAAUUCUGGAUCAGGAUGGCUUGGUAGCAUAGUGUACCUUGGGAUGAUGGUGGGGGCAUUCUUCUGGGGAGGCUUGGCAGACAAAGUGGGAAGGAGACAGUCACUCCUGAUAUGCAUGUCUGUCAAUGGAUUCUUUGCCUUCCUUUCAUCAUUUGUCCAGGGCUAUGGCUUCUUCCUCUUCUGUCGCUUGUUUUCUGGAUUUGGGAUUGGUGGAGCUGUGCCAACAGUUUUCUCCUAUUUUUCGGAAGUACUUGCUAGGGAGAAACGAGGUGAACACCUGAGUUGGCUCUGUAUGUUUUGGAUGAUUGGUGGCAUCUAUGCUUCUGCAAUGGCUUGGGCAAUAAUUCCUCAUUAUGGAUGGAGUUUCAGCAUGGGCUCUGCCUACCAGUUCCACAGCUGGCGAGUGUUUGUGAUCGUCUGCGCACUGCCCUGUGUCUCUUCUGUGGUAGCCCUCACCUUCAUGCCAGAAAGCCCACGGUUCUUGCUGGAGGUUGGGAAGCAUGAUGAAGCUUGGAUGAUACUCAAGCAAAUUCAUGACACAAACAUGCGAGCUCGUGGUCAGCCUGAGAAAGUCUUCACAGUUAACAGAAUCAAAACUCCAAAGCAGAUAGAUGAACUCAUAGAAAUAGAGAGCGAUACAGGAACUUGGUACAGGAGGUGUUUUGUUAGAAUUCGCACGGAGCUAUAUGGUAUUUGGUUGACGUUUAUGAGAUGCUUUAACUACCCGGUGAAGGAUAAUACAAUCAAACUUACAGCUGUAUGGUUCACUCUGUCUUUUGGCUACUACGGCUUAUCUGUCUGGUUUCCUGAUGUCAUUAAACAUCUGCAGUCAGACGAGUAUGCGUCCCGAGUGAAACAUUUCCACAAUGAAGAGGUUUCACAUUUUGUCUUCAACUUCACACUGGAAAAUCAGAUUCACAGCAAUGGAGAAUACAUCAAUGACAGGUUUAUUAUGAUGAAGUUUAAAUCAGUAAUCUUUGAAGAUUCACUUUUUAAGAACUGUGUGUUUGAAGACAUUACUUCACUGAACACAUACUUCAGGAACUGUACUUUCAUUAAUACCACCUUCUACAACACAGAUCUUGAGCAAUAUAAAUUUGUUGACAGCGAAUUGAUAAAUUGCACAUUUUUCCACAUCAGGACAGGAUGCCAGAUUUCUUUUGAUGAUGACUACAGUGCCUACUGGAUUUACUUUGUUAAUUUCCUGGGAACUUUGGCAGUGUUACCAGGGAAUAUUGUGUCCGCUCUCCUGAUGGAUAGAAUUGGACGAUUAACAAUGCUAGGUGGUUCCAUGGUUCUCUCUGGCAUCAGCUGUUUUUUCCUGUGGUUUGGGACCAGUGAAUCCAUGAUGAUAGGUAUGCUGUGCCUCUACAAUGGCCUCACCAUCUCGGCAUGGAAUUCUCUAGAUGUCAUUACUGUGGAGCUGUAUCCUACAGACAGAAGGGCAACAGGCUUUGGCUUUUUGAAUGCACUAUGCAAAGCAGCAGCUGUACUUGGAAACUUAAUAUUUGGUUCCCUUGUUGGUAUUACCAAGUCAAUCCCUAUUCUUCUUGCUUCUACUGUUCUAGUAUGUGGAGGUCUGGUAGGACUUCGGCUUCCUGAUACAAGAACACAGGUGUUGAUGUAACUGGAAAAAGCCAUUUACUAUUUAUUUAUUUCUUCGUACAAAUGUCAAUUCUCCUGAUCGAUGGUGCAAAGGCUUCAGAUUCUCAACUCUUAGUAGAGUGCUCAGAUGUCAGAAAUCAAACUCAAAAGAUACUUUGGAGUGGCAGAGAUUUAGAAAUCUCUGUAUGAAAGUUUUAAAUUUCACUUUUGUUUGCAUACAUUGCUAUUCAAAACCACCUAACUUCAAACGGCAAAGCUACCUCUUAAAACACUUUCAGUGACAUGUCCAGGAAGGUAAAACCUUACUGAUAAUUAGGUUUAAAAUGCAAGCAGCCAUAUUAUAUAAAAAUAUGUGAUAAAUUUGGCCAUGACAUUGUGAGCUUUUGUAACAAUACAGACAGGCAAGUCAAUCAGUAUUGGUACAGAGAAUGUUAACCUUAUCAGUGCAUGUAGCAUAAAUCAAGAAACACUACAGAAUGCAUCAGGAUGGAGAAUGCUGACCUUCUGCAGCUGUGUUUAGAUGGUAAAAACUUGUAGCAAUGUCUCUUUCUUGGGAAACCCUUUUAGGCAGAUUCAGCCUAAAGUACAUCUCGUAUUUGCUGAGGAGAAGGCAACAGCUACUGCACGGGAAAUGAAACACCCAUAUGGGUAAGCAGCAAAGAGAAUAACACAAUAAACCCUUUCACUCUUUAGUGCUGAUUCUCCAGAAAAAAAUUUGUUUUCUUUCCACUUGUGGCAUUUGGAAUAUUUUUGCCAUUUUUAGAAAUUAAUUUAUCUUAAUCCAGGAGUGAUUCAAUGCAAAUAUGUACGUUGUUGUAAGUAUGAAAGAAAAAUCAGAACAGUGAACUGUAUGAAAAGUAAGAUGCUUUCAGAAGUUUGUUUAGUAUUUAUGCUUCUAAUACAUUUUUAUUUGUCACAGAAUGGUUAUAAAAAUAUCUGUUCAUAGAAUGCCACCUAGUAAAUUUAGUCAGCUCAUAAAUUCAAUACAGAGUAUUAUGUAAUUAAAACAUCUCAAAAGUUGGUGUUUUUUUAAAUAUAUGUAAAAAAAGAGAAGAAAUCAUUAAAAAUGUCUUAAUUAUUUUCACAGUUUAUACACUUCUUUAUAUAACCAUUUUCUCAGCUGACUUUUAAUAGUUCUAGAGAUAUCUCACCGUUUAACACUUUUCAAUGUCUCUCUGAAAGGCCAUUAAGAAAGAAGCUAUGACAAAGCGGCAGGGAGUUGUAAUAUUUUCAUUAGACUAAGUGCAAGGAUGGAGAAUAACUGGUAGUAAAUAUAUUCCUUCUAAGCGAUAUGCUAUGGACUGUUCUGGAUUACAGUAAAGCAUUCCCCACCAGUCCUACUGCUCUGUAAAAGUCUGUGGAGUCUCUUUAAAAUGUUAGCAUUAAAUAUAUAAUACAAAGACAUUUAUAAAAUUAGCAGAUCCUUUGAUGACAGAAACUGACAUUGCUUUCAGUGGAGCUAAGACAACCUGUAUCAGCUGAUGAAUUAUCUGCAGUUUCAAGUCUCAAAGAACAAAUCUGCUAUAAAAUAUAAGGAAAAAAUUAUCAGUAUUUUUUUAAUUAUAUCUGACAACACUUAUUAAGUGGUUGAAUCAUUGCCAAAGAAAUUAGGCUGUCAGAUAAGGUCAUUGUGUAGUAAAAUAGACUUUUUUCAUUAAUUUUUCUUCUGCUCCUAUAUGUGAACUUAGCUUUGCAUAGUAAUAUCUAUCACUGCGUUCUGUGUCAGUCAUGGUCUUAGUCAUAAUGAAAGAGUCAAUAGAAGUCCACAUAAGAUGAUUAAUCAUUCAUUACAUUAAAGUUCACUGUUUAAUUUACUGAUUCCAGAGUUAUAUUUUUCAGUUACUAACAAAUGCCUGUGCUACACAUUGUAGCACUAAAAUGUUAGCCCAAGAUGUGGUUUUCUGCUAUUAACAAAUGGGAAAAGUAGCUGAAUUUAAAAAGCUUGAGUGUGGAAAACUAGUGGGCAUUUUCUUGAUGUUGAUAAUUUAAAUAUGAUAUAGUAAGAAAUAAAGUUUAAGAAAUGUGUUUAUUUUGCAGUAUAAUCAGUCAAGAUAUUUGAGAUGAAAUAUUUUAAAUUUAAAUCUGAUUUAAACAUGUCUUUUAGAUUUCUAACUUGUGUUAAAAAAAACAGGAGGAAGAAUUAUUUUUUUGUCAAGUUCCAGGUUAAGAACACAAUGCUGGCCUUAGUUUUGCAUCUGUGGCUUUUGUCCACUAACCAUAGCUUUAAUUAAUUCAAGGCUGUUUUCUCCAGUGAGAAUUAUAUUUGAGCCCUGUUUCUCUGUGCCAUUCAUUAGUAGCAUGUGUCCACCUCCUUGUACCUACUGCACAACUUAUUUUGAAAUCUGAAGCCUCUGUACAUGUUUGGAGUGAAUAUCAACAGCAAUGGUAAAAUAUUACAUUGUCUUGCUAUGCACUGUCUGCUUGAAGUAGUAUAUUCUAUCCAUCUCUGUAUGUAAUUCUGAAAAACAUUCAGAUCCACCAAUUCAUGCCACCUGAUCAGUGUGGAGAAAAUGGGCCACAGAAAAAUAAGGUCCAACUUUUGAGGGCUACAAUUCAAGGUUAACACACUAAAAUCUCAUUACAUGUAAAACUAUGAUGAUUUCAGUGCUGGUUCUUAUCAUAAAUUCUGGCUAUGUCAUAAAAUGCAAUUAAAUCUGGAUGGAGUGGAAUACAGCAACAACAGGAAUUAGUAAAGAUGAACAAAAUUCCCAACUAUAUGGACCUUACCAAGUCCAGAAUUAGAGUGAAUGUUCCAAGAUAGGAAAAGGAAAAAAAGAAUAGUGGAUAGGAAAUGGAAGAAAACAUAAAUGGAAGAGAUGUACAAAGAAAAAAAAUCCACUAACUUUUCCAACAUAUUAAAACUUAAAGCUAGAAUUUCCCUAGCCGCUGAGACGGUUGGCUCAACAAAUUUGGCAGAACUAGAGUGCAAGCCAGCAUCAAAGCUGUUUGAAAAAUCAAUUGUUUGGGCAUGACUGCAGUAAAGAUUUAUCUCAUUAAAACAAUAAAAGUUAAUGCAAUUUCAAGCUAUAAAUACUUGAUUAGAUAGGUACAAUCCAUAGGUUGGAACAGAAAUACUUAAUCUAUGGAGAUCUGGACACAAAUGUUAUUUAUGUUAUAAACUAAAGUGAUCUGGAUGGUAUUUAGCAAAUCUGUCUUUUUUUUGUAUCUUCCAAAGCUAUAUCAGGUAAUAAAUAUUGGACAGUAGGAAUUGCACUUCCUUCCUAUGUCUAUUCACUUUUAUUUUACACAAAGAAUCACUUAGUGGCCUGGUUAGAUUGCUGAUACACACAGAGAGAACCAAAUUUGAUAGCAUUUGUGUAUCAGAGCUAUCAAACAUAUAUAAUCAGAACUGCCUAUCUGUCUGUCUUGGUCACUGAACUGACUGACCACUAAUUGGAACCUCCUUUAAGUCUAAAUUGAAGAAGGAUAUUAGGUCUAGUGCUCCUUUCCUGUAAAGCUGAAAGACUCAUCCCAACGACAGCAAUGACAAAAAAUACAAUGGCCCCUGAAGACAGAGGAAGACUGACAGCAUUUAGAAUCAUAGUCACUGUGACAGUCAACGACUUGAAAAUUUGAAAACUGUCCACAAGAGAGACCACAUGUUUUCACUUUUGGCAAAGAAAUUUUCUUUUAAUUAGUUUUACUCCUUACAGGGUCUUUGAUAGUAGAGAUUGAAUUAGCAGACUCAUAUUUCUUGAAAGCAUCUUAUUCAUUUGUACAUUUUAACCAGAUUGGUGAUAUUCAUGUUAGCACCUUGGUUGGAAGCAUGUACUACAACAAUUGGUAUGCAUUGCAUUGAUUGCUGAGCACGGAUUCCUAGCAAGGGAACCAGGAUUAGGUGCUCAUGGUUUCUGGAGUGCUGAAGGGAAUUUCUAAUUAAUUAUAUGAGAGGAAGCAUUCCUCCUCUGUGCUUGAUUUUAGCCAGUGUCCUUCCAGAGGUGUACACUACAAAAUUUUGACACAGGUGAAAAGGUGUUAGCUCUCCUUCCUGAUGGCUCCAAUAUUCUACUCUUUGUUCAUCAUCUUAGAAAAGUGGGCCAAAGUAAGACUGAUAACUCAAGCUCUACUCUUUUUCUCUUCAUGUCAUUCCAUUCAUUCCAUCUCAAAUUGCUUUUCUUACCAAAAGUCCAAUCUUAAAGAAAGCCAAAAUUCAUUGCUCAUACUCUCACUUGCUUCAUAGUAACAUUCCAUAAGAAGGUUUGCCACAUAUCUUUUACAGUUUGGCCAUCCUUUUUUAAACCAAGAUGGAAAGUGAGCUCAGAAGUCCUUCAGACAAUCUUACCCUUGUGAGGCAGGGAGACUCCACAUUCCCUAUAUAUCCAGAAGGCUGAAGGAGGGGCAUCCUUUCAGAAUGGCCCUUGUUGGUCUCCUUCUGUUGUGGGUACAGAUACGGUUGAAUCUUCUUUUCUGUGCUCAGCUCCAUUUGUAGGAAAUAUUAUUCUCUGUUCUUGUUUUCUUUUUCUACCACUAUGGAGAUUUAUCUUCAUGAAACUGCUCUUGAGGCACAAUUGCUGAUUCCAGUUCUUAGCAAUAUGAUAUACUCCUCAGUCCCUCAUAUGGACAGCCACAGCGUGCUGGGCUUUAACUCUCUUCUCUGUUGUGAGUUUUAAAACAAUCUUCAUUAGUCAGAGAAAGAUGUUUACAUCCAUUCACACCUCUUUACCUAAACAAAAUUUUAUCAUGCUAAUACAACCUACAAGACACGUUUCCUGUUUAAUAACCUGGAAAUGCAAUUGAAAUUUCAAUCACAAUGUUAAAAAUUGAAACCUUUCAGUCAGGGGGUCAAAGACACAAGAAAUGGAAACAGAAAUGCUUCACUUCCUCUAGAGUCUUGAAAGAAAACACAUGUUCAGUAAUCAUAUUCCAGAAGAAAACAUGUGGGAAAGACUGAUUUUCCUCUGCUUUUCCUGCCUUCUUGUUCAUUAAACUUACUGUUAAAUGUUAGGUAUUUGCCUGAAUUAGUACUUUCCAAUGCUACUAGUUCAGGAAACACAGCAUGAAAAGACAGGCUUUUGCGUGCAGUUUGGAGGCAAGACAGGGACCAGGCAGUGAUGUGAAAUUAGCAGAGACAUGUUAGGCAGGAAAUCUGGUACUCAGUUCAGAACCUGAAUUAAAUAGAAGGCACCAAUAUAUAAUGCUACUUGCAGAUCUCACUCACCUUCACUUACCCUUAUCCAGUCUACAACCACUCCAUGUGCUGAAAUCAACCUCAUUUCCUUUCUUCUAACAUUGAUAUUUUCAACCAAGUGAUGCAAAAUAUCAUUGGAUCCGUUAUUGAUAUCUAUCCAUAUUCUUUUUUUUUUUCCAAUGCAGUGGCAAUUACCCUACUUCUUCCUGCAGAGGAAGAAGGAUCCUUCAAUAUUUCCUUCAAUAGUGCUACAUAGAUGCGUAAAAGUAUUAUAUAGAACUUCAUCCACAUUUAGCACCUUUCUUUGAUGCAGUGACUUAAUAUGUCAGAAGCAAGAAAAAGACAAAAUGGGCCUGAUUUUUUACGUUUUUUGUUUGAAUUAUCUUCAAAGAUAGUGGCCUGUAAUAUGUAGCUAUGUAUACUAGCCCUUGGAGUACAUUCUGUCCAGUUAAAAGUGUAUAAAUCGGUAAGUUUUGGCAGUCUCUUCCCACAACAUACACACAAGCUACAUUUACUAGGACCAAAAUACUAGGAAAAAAAAAAAGGGGAAAAAUACAGGUGUGAUUGGUUUCUGGGGUAAACAAACCUCCCUGCCUGACAAAUGUCUGAAACAUAUUGCUUGCUUCUUACCAGUACACAGUCCAAUAAAUAUUGGAGAUUACUUAACAACAAAGGUAUUUGUAUGAUGACCUGACACAAAAAGUAUUGUCCUUAUACACAGGGUAUGCAUGAAUAUGCAUUUUUAUGUCACAUUACUGAGAAGAUUUGUAGAAAUCUUGCCCCUACUCUGGCCAUCCACAUUUCUGAGCCGUAGCCAGACACAUCAGUCUGAAAGUGAGAGAGAGAAAUUGCUGGCAGGCUGACUUUCAUCACUCUCUCCACAGCUAACCACCUAAGUUCAUUUUGCCUAGAUCCUCAGGAUCUGCUUUUUUGCUCAGUCUCCUGCUUUCUAAUUUUGGACAUCUACCACCUGACACUCAGUUUUCACCAGUAGUCCUGACCAAGUAAGUUGGAUCUACUUGCUGCUAAUGGACAGCACUCCUAACUCAUCGCAAGCACACUACUCAGCAAGAGUCCAAUGUCUUAUGAGCUCCAGUUUCAUCUGUUGUCUAGAGCUUGAGUUUUCACCUAUUUCUCUCUGAUAAUGCUGCAUGUUUUCUAAGCUAUAAAACAUGUAUUCUAUCCUCUUAAUGACUGCCUUGUAAAUAUAUGCUUAACCCGCACUGGCUAUGUGGUAAAAGUAAUUUGUGAAUCUCAUGUAAAACUGUCUUACCCAGUGAAAAGAUGAUCCUUCAAAAGAAGGGGUUCAGGAAAAAAUAAUGAAAUGGAAUCAAAUGAAAUGCAAACUAUGAAGAGUAAUAUUUCAAGGCAUAGGGUUCAAUCACUUUUCUUUUUGUCAGCUGUUUUCCUUAAAUCCUAGCCUGCAGUUAUAUAAUACUGUAUAUUGGAAAGAAAUAUCUGCAGCUAGUGGUGAAUACACAUAGAAAACCACUUGUGGGUGAGUAUACACACAUAUAUACACAUAGCCCUCCCUAUAACAUAGAUAGAUGUAAGCCUUACAAACCAGAUUCUCAUACCAUUCUCAGUGACAGUUACUUUCUGCAUUUUGCUUUAUGCUUUGAACACAGAUAACAACCUGCUCUGCUUCUUAUGCAGAACCCUUUACUUGUUCUUGUGCAAAAUUGUUAGGAUGCCAAAUUUCAUCUCAGCUGGCCAUUAGGUUUUGAUCAUUGAAAGGGAACUCCGGAAAGGGUCUGAAAAAUGAGCUCUGAAUUCACUGUAGCCUUCCCCAAUACCACCACACUGUGCAAAGCAGCAAACCAGCACAUGAUGCAAAGGCACUGGUCAUGUUCCAGUGACUAGGAGACACAGCACUCUCAGAUACAUAAAAUACCAAAAGAGAUGGAUUUUGUCUUAUUCAACUAAAAGUCCUUCAACAUGUUCCAUGGGGAUCUCAACAUGUUAACUUCUAUGUAACAUAUGAGAAAAUGUCUGUGUCUUUCUGUAUUGUAUGUUUAUCAUUGUUUCUGCGUACAUAGCUGCUGUCACUCUAGUAAUGUGGCUAAACAAUUGUUUGCUGCUGUUCUUAUCAGCAAUCUUUGACCAACCUGAAACAGAGCCAUUGCCAGGGUGUCUUUCAAUUAAUGAUUAACUCUCACAAAGAUCUUCUACAGUAAUUCGUGUUGUAUAAAGUAAUUGCCAUUAUAAUUCAAGCAAAUACAGUGUGAAAAUAGCAGCACAUGCACACAGAGCAGUGAGGGUGGAGACAGCAAUUUCAAAAGCUCUGGCAGCUGCUACAUUUCUCCUUUCCUCUUCACAGCAUGUUCACCCUUUGCAGUGUGCUUUCUCUGGUGGGGGACAUGCAUGCGUUCUGCAAAACCAAGAAAGCAGCAGAAGGAGGAGCAUAUUCCUUCCACAAGACUUAACCUUGUAUAUUUGUUAUAGCAAAGCCAACUCUAUACUAAGAUCAAAACAAAGAAACAAACCCAAGCAGCUUACAUUUUUUUUCCCCCCCCGUAUGUUCUGUGUCUUCACAGACUGAAUACCAGUCUAUGCCAAACCUGUGGGAGGAAACUAUGAAAGGGUAGCAAUGCUGACAUGAUAGUACUUUUGGGAAGCAGUGGGUCUUUCCAAAAGAGAAGCAUACUCACUGAGUGAGACUAGAGCAUAUAGUUUCUAGUACCUUCUAUUUGGAAAUCUGUAAACAUAGAUUAAAACCAAAAGUUUAGAAGGAAAAGGAAAAUAUUAAAAUUUAGAGAGCAAUUUAUAAAGCACAGCCUCCCAACAUCUCUUUCGGAGAAACCUUACGGGCUCUUUGCUGUUUCUUCCUGCCACAGAUUCCUUCUGAUACAGUGACUGGUUUCAUCAGUGCUUAACUGGUGAAAUUAAAGUUUUCACCGAUAUUUGCAACAAAAAUGAGAGCAGGUAUGAAAUUAACAUUGUAGGAAAGCUAGCUCAUUUAUAGAGUUUUUAAAAAUGCACCCAGUUGCUAUUAACUGUAUUUAUUUUCUUCCUAGUAGUUUAGAAUCCUACAGAGUACUAAAUGAAACUAGUAUUUUGUGUAUAAACUGGUCCCUGUUUAAAUCAACAGCAAUUUGCAGAAUUGGGAUCUUAGCUUUCUCUUUCAAAACUAUUAAAUGCAUGAUUGUGUAUACUGUCAUGCUGGAAUUGCUCUUGUGAGAGAAAUGUGUUAUUUUAUCCUUUAUUUUUAACAUGAAUAAUUUUAGCCUGCCUUUUUCCUAUGAAUGUAAUGUUUCCCAAUCAGUAAAAGGAUUUUAAUAACAUCCAAUGCUGGAAGCCUAAUAAAUCAACUGACAGCUUAAUUUAACCAUUUUCUAUAGAAUAUUGUAUUAAAAAAUCCAAAUUAAAGCUUUCCAAAAAUUUGCUGUGUUAGGCUCAGCUUCAUAACAUUGUGCCAACUAAAUUGUAUCUCAAACUUGGCCUCAAAUACGUACAACAAUGUACUAUACAUAAUCAGAUAGGAUUUUUUAAGUGAUCAGUUUCCUUUGCAGGUAGUGGCAUGCAGAAGUCAAGCAUCAAGUACAAGGUACUGAAAGUAGACGUCUUUGCUUUCACUGUAAUUUAUUGUCAUUGCUGGGUUACCAAUUUUCUUAAAAACUUGUCAGCAUUUUCUGAUGUUGAGCCACAGAAGGAAAUGAAUUAUUUCCUAGUUUUUUGUGAGCUGUUUUCUGCUCCUAGGUUCUCCUACUAAACUUCCACUCAAAUUGCCAACUGCUCUGAGACAACUAGGAGUACAAUUUUUCAAACUGUCUUUAAAGUACAGAAGUGCAGGUGUGUUAGUGUGCAUAUGUUGUCAAAGAAAUCAUAACCAUUUCUGACAGUCUCCAUUUUUUAAUGCAAGGACACAUGUACAUAUUGUAUAUAUGGUAAUGAGCUACUUAGAAGUCAGAUUCCCAUUUAUACAUGUUUACUUACAGAUCGGCUAAUCUCCAACAAGAUCUUGGCAAUGGUCCUGACCUCUCUGUUUCUUUCUUUCUUUGCUUUCUUUACUGCUGUGUAUGAUCUCCUGUAAAGCAGGUUACAGUCAUCACUAUUGUAUAUAUGUGUUUGCAUGUGUGUGCCUUGAUAAAUCUCUCUUUCGGAGUUCUGAAAUUUUCAUUUCAAGUCCAGCCGGCACAAUUGUGAACUCAUCUUUCCAGUAUGCUCCUCUGUAUCAGAUUGCCAACUUUCAGAAUGUUUGACCAAGUGUUUUGAAUAAGCCCCCUGAGGAAAGCUGUCUGUAUACUUGUGAAAGGGCAUGCUCUGUGUAGGAUGACUGUGUACAGUAUAAAUCUAUAAAACGUGGAAGUGUUUAUAAAUUUAUCUGCCAAAUAUUUAUCAUCCAUGUAACAAAUGCAAAGUUAUUUAGUGUACAUCAGAUUAAUAAAGGGGCAUUUUUUGCUCCACUAUAUUCAAAUAAAGAUUUGUUCUCUGCAAUGAAUA